AAAUGAUAAGGAUAUGGGGUAACUAUUUUCGAAUUAUCAUAGUGCUUCUCAGCUUCAUGUGUCUUGUUUCCGUGUGCUCUAAUUAUAUAAUUAUCAAUUUUACAUUUAUUUGCAUGAAAGAUGAUUUGAGUCAAACAACGGAAGUUAAUGGGACCCUUAAAAGUAUUUACGAUUAUACACCUACUGAGAAAAAGUACAUUCUAUGGGCAGUUGCAUUUGGUACAAUGGUUGGAACAUUUCCCAUUAAUAUCCUCUACGUCAAAUAUGGUGCAAGAAUUCCAUUUUUCUCGGCUGGAGUGUUAUCCGCCGUCACUACAGGAUUGACACCGUGGGCAGCCGCUCAGUCAAUGUGGAUUUUUGUAGCUUUGAGAUUUUUACAGGUUGUUCGACUUUUUUUCUUACUGUUUCAUGUUUCCUAUUUGAAAAGUUGGCGUUUUUGCGUUUGUUCGUUUAUACAUUAAUUGUUUAAAAAUCAAAAAUUCAGUAAGCAGAAAAUUUUUACAUUUUGCAAGACCAUCUUUACUUUUGGCAUGUGAUUUUAAAGUAGGUGUUAACAAAAAAACACAACGAAUUUUGAAACUAAAACCAAAAAAGUAUAGUUGCAGAGAAAAUAGAAUUGUUCUCUAAAAAUAUUUUUUAACAUAAAAUAUGCCAUAUUUGUGAUUCUUAUUUAAGUAUUUGCUUCAAUGGAAACUCGUACAUAUAAAGUUUCAGGGUGUUGCAUAUUCAGCCGAUUUUGCUGCAAUUGGAAUCGUUAUUUCAAAGUGGGCACCACUCGAUGAAACUGCAAUUUUUAUUGCCACUCUAACUUCUUUCACUUCAAUUGCUUCGAUUAUAACAAAUGGAGCAAGCGGUGUUAUUUGUGACACUUUGGGUUGGCAAUGGAGUUUCUAUUUCCACUCAGCCACCUGUCUUCUCAUCUUCUGUUGCUGGGUUCUCAUCUAUCAAGAUGAUCCAACAUUUCAUAAAAGUGUCAGUGUCAAAGAGCUUGGAUGGAUUCAGAAGAACAAGUCAGAAGCUCAUAUAAAAGUUGGAAUGAAGGUUCCGUACAAGGCAAUUUUCACAAGUCCAGUUGUCCUUACUGUCUGGUUAUGUGCAUUCACAGAACUCUCCACGUUGAUUCUCAUUGCCACGUAUGGUCCAAUUUAUUUCAGAAGUGUUUUAGGAUUUGAUGUGAGUUUUAAUAAUUUGUUAGUUAUGACAGUUUCAUUAAGAUCAAAAUAAUUGGAUUUUAUCUGGGAAUUAUGAUUGCUAUCCAUCUCCCAUUCAGAUUUGUAUGCGCCUUUUUGAGUGAUAAAACGAAGUGAGUUUGAAAAAAAUAUAAAAUUUCCAAUGUUUCAGAUAGUUUUUCAAGAGUUUGCUCUUUUUAUUGCAUCUAUUCUACUGUUGUUCAAGAACAUAGCCAAGCGAUUGUUUUCCGGCAAAUUGCAGUUUUUAAAUAAUUUAAAAACUAAAAAUUAUAGUUAUAUUCUGUACUUUUGCUAGAUUUGACAACUGGCGGGAGUCAAAAUACAUAUAUUCGAUUUUCCACAGUUUCAGACAUAAAUUUCUAGAUUUACUGAUUUCCACCAAAAAAAAGAAUAUCACAUUUUUUCCAGCAGACAACAAACUCCUAAAUAAUAUUUUCAGAUGCAUUUCUGAGAUGGGAAAAAUUCACAUUUUCAACACACUUGCUGUUGGUUUUGUUGGAAUUUCAUUUCUUAUUUUUGGUAAAAUUCCUCCGGAACACAAUAUCUCUGCAGUCGUUUGCCUUGCUAUUUUGGAAUGUUUUAUCAGUUUUAACAGUGGUGGAUUUUACAAAUGUGGGACACUUCAUGCGAGACAAUUCUCAUCAAUUGUAAUAUCUGCAAUUCAAUUUACAAAAUGUAUUUCUCUAUUUUCUGGACCAGCUCUAGUUGCAUUUUUUGUAACGGAUGAAUCAAAUCAAACACAAUGGAGUCACGUUUUUAUGACACUUGCAGGAUUUUCAUUUGUGGUUAGUUCAAGGUUUUCUGCAGCCGACAAUUUUCCAGAUUAGCCUAAAAAUGGUGUGCUUACUGUUUCGUCUUUAUGAGUAUUAUUCAGGCCAAUAUUCUCUCAUUCAUAUUUUUCACGGAUAAACCGGCCAAAUGGACGGAAGAUGAUGCAGCUGUGAAGUAUUCGAAAAACGAAGACGUUGUUAAAAUUUAAUACUAAUAUAUUUUUUUGUAAAUUGAAAGAGUCCACGGGGUCGCCAAAGAUCUGUUAUACUGUCAAAAAUUGUUGAGUAGUUUAAAUUUAAUUUCCUGUUUCAGCGUCAUUAUUUUUUAAUAAUCUUCCGUUAAAAAGUGAUAUCAGAAGUGAUGUUUUCGAAAAGUCGAGGAAAUGUUUAAAAACAAGUUCAACUCAACUCAAAACUUCUACUGUUUCAGUAUGAUGUUGAAUUUCAGAGAAAAUUUGCACUCAUACAUGUAUUGUAUUUCAACUUAAAGUUGGCGGUUUAUUUAGGAACGCAGAUUUUUUUGUUUCUUUUUUUAAUUUGUGAUGUUUCGCAUAGUCCUCUUCUUCUUCUGAGAAAAACUCCAAUUUUAUAUGCCUUUAUUUUAAAAGUCAAUUUUUGUGAGAGUGAAAACUGUAAAUAUUUUUGUUUUGUUUGAAUAAAAUUCCCGAAAUUUUG